UGAGAUGCCAGAUAAAACACCAGAGGGUAAAGAAAUGUUACCCAGGAAUGAAGAUGGCUACCACUUGCCUCUUGAUGAGUUGCCUCCUGUAAUGGUGGGCACGACCUCCAAGGCACCAGGAGCAGACCUGCACAGAGAAAACAGACAGCUCCGCUACCGUGGAAUCCAGACCAUGGAAUUGUCAGACAGUGACCGUCCAGUCAGCUUUAGCUCCACAUCGUCUUCUGCGUCUUCCAGGGAUAGUCACUGUUCCUUUGGCAGCAGGACCACCUUAGUCUCGAACAGUCAUCUGGGUUUAUUCAACCAGGAUAAAGAAUCAGGGGCUAUAAAUCUAGAGCUGAGUCCAGCCCAUCGAUUUUCCAACAAGGAACUACGAAAAAAUAACCCUGUAGAGCAACAGACCUCUGAGGAAAGUCUGGCAAGAAGGCCCAAUAUGCCAUGGAAGGUGGAAUCAAAGGAAACCAGUAAAAACUGUGUCAUGUCCCUGAUUAGUGAGCCCACAAGUCCAAAACUCCUUUAUGUGGACAGAGUGGUCCAAGAAAUCCUGGACACAGAGAGGACAUACGUCCAGGAUUUAAAAAGCAUUGUGAAGGAUUACCUCGAUUGUAUCACUGACCAAUCCAAACUCUCCUUGGGUCCUGAGGAACGAUCAGCUUUGUUUGGAAACAUAAAAGAUAUCUAUAAUUUCAAUAGUGAACUUUUGCAAGACUUGGAAAACUGUGAAAAUGACCCUGUGGCUAUAGCAGAAUGUUUUGUUUCUAAGAGUGAAGAUUUUCACAUAUAUACUCAGUAUUGCACCAAUUACCCAAGGUCGGUGGCUGUACUAACAGAAUGCAUGAGGAACAAAUCUCUAGCGAAGUUUUUCAGAGAGCAACAAGAAGCUUUACAACAUUCUUUACCUUUGGGAUCCUAUCUUUUAAAACCCGUCCAGCGAAUACUCAAAUAUCACCUACUUUUGCAUGAGAUAGAAAACCACCUUGACAAGGACACUGAAGGUUAUGAUGUGGUACUCGAUGCCAUAGAUACAAUGCAGAGAGUGGCAUGGCAUAUUAAUGACAUGAAGAGGAAACAUGAACAUGCUAUCAGGCUGCAGGAGAUACAAAGCUUACUCACUAACUGGAAAGGACCGGAUCUUGCAAGCUAUGGGGAGCUGGUUUUAGAAGGAACAUUCCGCAUCCAGAAAGCGAAAAAUGAGCGGACUUUGUUCCUCUUUGAAAAACUGCUGCUUAUUACGAAGAAGAGGGAAGAGACAUUUACCUACAAAGCUCAUAUCUUGUGUGGUAAUCUCAUGUUGGUAGAAGUGAUACCAAAGGAACCUCUUAGCUUCAGUGUCUUCCACUACAAAAAUCCCAAGAUGCAGCAUACUGUUCAGGCUAAAUCACAGCAAGAUAAACGCCUUUGGAUUCUUCACUUGAAGAGAUUGAUUCUAGAAAACCACCCUGCCAAAAUUCCAGCUAAGGCCAAGCAAGCAAUUCUCGAGAUGGAUGCUACCUAUCACCCAGGAUUCCAUUAUAGCCCAGAAGGAGAGACAAAAGUAUUGAGUAAUUCUAAAGAAGGAAUUGCCCCACAAAGGGUGAGAAGGAAAUCAGAACCUUCAUCCAGAACUCAUAAAAUCAUAAAGCCAGAUGAAAUGGGUCGAGACAGACAAAUGCGGAUCAGUAUUGAAGGAGCCCUGCUGUCUCAGGCUGAAGCUCUUCUCAGUCCCAGGAAAAGGCUUUCAUUGACUCACAAAGGACUCGAUGCUGGUGAAGCUGUCUACAGUAGUAACCGAGAAGAUAAUAUUCUUAUAGGUGUUACAGAUCAGACAGAUGCUGAUGAUGAGGAAGAAACUGAACAGAGCACACAACAAAAUUCACAACAGAAAUCAAAAGGAGGCCGCAAAAGGCUAAAUAGUCAAGUUGCUGAAAAUGUUGAAAAAAGAAGAAGCGUUAAUCUCGGCAAAUGUGAAAUUCAGAACUCCAAAGAUUCUGCAGUUGAAGACUCUUCCCAAGUGAACACCAGCCUUCCAUUUUCCAGCAGUGGAAGCAGUCACACAUCUAGACAGUUCAUACCACAAAACAGCUCAUUUAUGAUGAAUAUCUUGGGGAGAACAUCUGGACAGACUGUGAGAAACAUCUGGACAGACCAUCAGAUCCGGCAAGCCUUGUUCCCAACCAGACGCACCACUCAAGAAGCUGUAGAGGAUGAAGACGAUUAUCAGAUGUUUGUACCAUCUGUAUCUUCAUCGAACUUAGCUUCAGUUGCAUGUGAAGAGAGGGUCCCUUCAAGUCGUCCUUGCAGUUGGCAUGUAGGACUAGCUCAUCAAAGUGAAACUUCCAGCUCUAACUCCCACAAAAUUGUGAGGCGGGCCAGCAGUGCUGGUGAAAGGAAAACCUCUCCAUGUGGUCCGAGAUACAGAAAAAAUGACCUCAGUCAAAAUAUUUCUUGGAAUGAAAUAAAGCAUUCUAGGUCUGACAUGGACAAUCUGCAGGCUUACCCAGAAUCUUCAGAAGAACUGACCAUUGAUGAAGUAGAUCAUGUCUAUGACAAUAUAAGUUUUGAAGAUCUGAAACUAAUGGGUCUGGUUCGGCGGGAAGAAUCUGAUCAUACUCCCCAAGGAUCAGCAAGAGACUCACUCUAUGAGACCCAAGACCAAGACGUUGCCUUCAAGAAAAGACCAGUCUCUCAGGGCAAGACCACCAUUCCUCCUAACAGAAAUGAAGCUGUGCCCAGGAGAAGCUCCCCAGCUGUAAGCUCUCAUGAUCUAAGAAUAAGUGAGGAGAACAUCUAUGAUUCCAUAAUGCUCCCAGAACAAUCAUUGCUGAAUUUCAAAUGUGAUCAUCUUAAGUGUUCUAAAAAGAGAAGUUUUCUGGGCCUAGAAACAGAUUUUGCAUGUUGUGACCAUCUUCGACAGUUUGUUUCUGAAGAGAGUCUCCAGUUCAGUGAGGAUGAAAGCCCAUAUCAUUAUGUUCCAUUAGAUCAUGACUAUCUGAGCUUACUGGACAGCUCCUCCAAUUCUGACUCUCUCUCACACAAAUCUGCUGCAGAUAAGUUAUCAGAGGAAGUAGAUGAAAUCUGGAAUGACCUGGAGAACUACAUCAAGAAGAAUGAAGAAAAGACACGUGACCAUGUUCUUGCAGCUUUUCCUGUCUCUAAAGAUGACAUAGAUAAUAUGCAUACCGGAACUACUUGUGAAUUGAGUAAGGAUGUAGAACAUUCAUUGUCUUCUCUCUCACUACCAGAAACACCUGUUUUCCCCAAAACUCUGCCCAACAAAGUAGCCAGAUUAAGUGAAGCCAACCUUCCGUCUGAAGAGCCAGCGUCAUGUAAAGCAAAUUCACUAUUAAGUCUCAACCGAUCUUCCUUCUCCAAUGAGAUAGCUUUUGUAAAUGGCCUCUAUGAAUCUGCCAAUCGCUUUCUAUGCAGUACAAAUGCAGAGUGUGCUGAUAAUGAAGUGGAUGCUGUAGAUAAAACAAAAAAACGGGUCUUCAUGAUGGCAAGACAGUACAGUCAAAAAAUUAAAAAAGCAAAUCAGCUUUUGAAAAUAAAGAGCCCAGAGCAAGAACAACUUUUGAGCAGGCAACAAAAACUGAGGCACAAGGACUUGGCAGCCAUUUUGGAAGAGAAGAAACAAGGUGGUCCUGCCAUCGGUGCCAGAAUUGCUGAAUAUUCUCAGCUCUAUGAUCAGAUUAUAUUUAGGGAAAGCUCAAUCAAGACACACAAAGCCACUUCAAAAGAAGCAUCAAAUGUAAGAUAUUCCUCACCAGUAUCAACAUCUCAGUUAGCUGCUGAGUGCCUGAGAGCAGAAGAUUGGUUUUUGCACUCAACGUAUAGCAAUGGAGAACUCUCUGAUUUCUCUGCCUGGCCAGAAGGUACACCAUCCCUGAAGUCCAAAAGCUCUCAUUCAGAGAUGAGUGCAAAACAGAGCACAAGACAGUUGCCUACGGCCUGCUCAGUGCCUUCCCUUCAGACUCCCCCCCACCUACUUGUUCCUGCACAAAGAUGGAGCGCUAUUAUAAGUCAGCCCAACAAAGAGAACUUGCACUACAACCACGUUUAUAACUCUUUAGGGAGAAAAGAAAGCAAUGAAAAGGCACAAACAUACAGCCGAUCGCAAUCUUCAUCCUCAAUUGGAGUUAACACAUCUGGAGAACCAAGUAAUUAUCCACAUGGAAAGGACAAGAAGCCGUUGCAUUCAAGUAGGAACUUUAUCUGUGACCAGUAUCAAGAAUCAGUGCCCGCUGUCUCUCCAGGACUUCCAAAGUGUAAUGACACUAAACAGAUGCCCGAGAGCUGCUCAGAAAUGAUUCUGCAAGACUCUCAAAAAAUCCUUAGAGUUAACAGAAACUUGCUGUCAAAUGCACAAAUAGCCACCCAGAACUAUUUUUCAAAUUUCAAAGAUACUGAAGGAGACGGGGAUGAUGAUGAUGAUUAUGUUGAAAUCAAAUCUGAAGAUGAGGGGUCUGAUUUGGAGGCUUCCCACAACCAAACAAAGCUCUUAGACCCAAAGAUAAGUGCCCACUCUACCCCUUCAGAAGCUCAUGGUGACAAAAAUAUGACCAUGGCUUCUGCCAAACCAGCAGACUCUUACCUGACCACAAGCAGUGAUUCAGAUAAACUGAAUGACUAUCUGUGGAGAGUUCCAUCUCCAAAUCAGCAGAACAUUGUCCAGUCAUUACGGGAAAAAUUUCAGUGUCUUAGUUCAAGUAGUUUUGCUUGAUAUUUUCUGAAACUUCUAAUUAUGCUGUCUUCAUGUUGGUAUAGAGAAUAGCCAGUACUGGCAGCACAUAAUGCAGUAGAGUAGGUUCCCCCCCCUACUUUCGAAUAUACAAGCCCCAUUUGCUGAGGCAGUUUAAGUGCCCAGGUUACUGCCAAGUAACUGAUGGAUGAUAUGUUACAGAGAGUAUUCUGGAUCGCUCUUGCUUGCAUCCAUUUUUACCAUUUCCCCCCUCUACUGAAAUCUUAGCAAGGAAUGUGGGUGAGAGCAAA